UGAACAUGUCCAGGGGUCUCAAAAAUCCCUGUUUGCUGUCAGUGUGAGCAUUAUUCUGACGCUCAAGCUGAUUGUUGCUCACAGAAUCUCGGUCUGGUGCCCAUCUGGUUGGAGUCGUGCUGAACUUCUGGCGAUUAGGGAUGGGUGGAAUUUGUUGCUUUCUCAGGAGCGAAAACUGAGGCGUGGAUAAUCGAGGUUGACAUCAAACUUGCCGAGGAACGUUGCGAAUCCUCGGCAGUUGGAUAAGCACCGUUUCUUAAAUACAAAUUCCCUAGCUUCAGUACAAUUUGCGCAGGUUUUGAAUCGACAUUUGGUUUCCAUUCCACUCCUCCGGCGCCACAAUCUAUCAACAUCUUCAACCUCACAAUGGCGCACGAGAUCAAGUUCGGCAUUCUCGGUUGUGCAAAUAUAGCUCGCUGCCUCGUAAGAUCCAUGAAACUACUCCCCGAGGUUAAGAUUUACGCAAUUGCGAGCAGAACAUUAGCCAAGGCUCAGAGCUUUGCGGCAGAAAACGAACUCCCCGAGGAGACCAAGGUGUACGGUAGCUACGACGAGCUUGUGGAAGACGAGGAGGUGGACGCGCUGUACAUCCCCCUUCCCACUGCAUUUCAUGUCGAAUGGGUCCUCAAAGCUGCUGCAAAGAAGAAACAUGUGCUGCUUGAGAAGCCACCAGCUCGCACUGUGGAGGAACUCAAAGUCAUGGUCGAAGCUCUUGACAAGAAUGGUCUACAGUACAUGGACGGGACUAUGUGGAUGCAUCAUCCUCGCACGCGGAAGAUGGAGGCUGUUCUCCACGAUUCUUCCCGACUCGGAAGAAUCCUCGAGGUUCAUGCAACCUUUAACUACCACGCCGAAGUGGCAUAUAAUAGUAUAGGAGGAUUGACUGCGGAUGUACGAGGAAACCCAGAUUUGGACGGCUUGGGCGCCCUCGGUGACAUCGGCUGGUACUGCGCGCGCGGCAUACUCUGGGCCUACGACUACGAAAUGCCAGCAUCCGUCACAGCACAUCCGGGUGCUUCGUACAAUGAGAAAGGCGUGAUAGUGAGUUGUGGGGCAACGCUCGUCUGGCCCGAUGGCCGCACGGCAACUUUCACAACCUCAUUCAACACCAGCCACGUCAUGAAACUCCUCGUCGUGGGAGAGACCGGCAGCUUGGAAUCCGACGACUUUACCCUUCCGGCGAGCAACGUGAAGUCCUCCUUCAAAGUGGUAUCUAACACGAGCUGGAAGGACAAGCUUGCUGGUUGGCACCGCACUGAGGACUUCCAAGAAGUAACUCUGGAGAUUCCCCAAGAAGCUCACAUGAUCCGUGAAUUCGCAAGGCUUGUUGCUAACAUUCGAAAUGGAACGGGAGCGGUGGAACCCAAGUGGUCAGAGAUCUCUGUAAAGACUCAAAUGGUGCUCAACGCUGUGAAGCAGUCCAUCGAAAAUGGCCUCAAAACCAUCAAUCUCUGAAGGUCCGGCAGCUCCUGGACUCACUGUAUCUGCACUGUAUCUGCCAGGUCCUUGUGAAAAAAUCAUAUCAUCGUUAACAACGCAGAAGAUUUUCAGUUUAGAUCUUCAUUCGCAAGUUGGAUGUUGGAACUGACGACGCGUAUUGCAUCCUUCGUCACAUAGAAAUCUGUCGCGAUGCGCCUCGUGCUCUCUCUCUACUUUUGUGAUCUAAGUUCCAUACUGUUCGGCUUCCACGGUAUAUGAGGUAGAAUCUACUAUCACAACACAGAUCUAAUUCCGUGUCAAGUUGAUCAGUUUUACUUUCGUGAUAAAAAUUUAUCCAAUAUUGGUUCAUUCAAA